GUGUGACAGGACUUUCUGCGGCGCAGGUCGAGAGUGUGUAUCGAGCGACAGAGGAGAGCCGGUCUGUCACUGUUUACAGCGGUGUAAUAUGACAGAGCACUGGGUGUGUGGCAGUAACGGCAGAUCCUAUAUAAACCACUGUGAGCUGCACAGAGACGCCUGCAUCACUCAGACCAAGAUACAUGCAGAGCACAAAGGACACUGUCCGGAGAAGCCAACAAAGACAGACGUGAGCCCCAUCGUGUGUUUCCUGUCUGAUCGUGACUGGCUCAGAGAGCGAGUGAUCCAGUGGAUUCAAGAGGAGGUAGAAUCGGACAACCUGGCCUCAAAUGUGUCCUCAGCCAACGACCUCCUGCAAAAGUAUUUCAAAGCGUAUGACAACGGGGAUUCUGAGCUCGAUUCAAAAGAGUUCCUGAGCUUCCUGAAACAUAAUGAGACGGCCCUCAACCUCACAUACUCUAAUACUCUGGAGACUAACUUGCUACUGAGGUCUCUGUGUGUCGACGCUUUGAUCGAGCUGUCGGAUGAAAACGCAGACUGGAAGCUGAGUUUAACUGAGUUCAUCAACUGCCUGACACCCACCUACCAUCCAUAUGAGAGAAAGUGUGCUCUGGAGGAUGAAGUGUUCGAGGACGGAGCUGAGACUCAGAUGGAGUGUAACAAGUGUGUAUGUGCCUGUGGAAACUGGGUCUGCACCGCUCUGACCUGCACCGGAGAGCAUCAUGUAGAGGAGGAUGUUAAAGAAGGAGAAGAAGAAGAAAUGACAGAAGAAGAAUGGAGCAAAAGAGUGGCUGAACUCAGCACUUUACAGGUGGACAGUCAACACUGAACUGCUGCUAUGGUGGGAAGAUGUAAUCCAUUAUACAGUAGUCUCCUUUUCACUCAUUACUCAAAGUACUCUCACUACAUAAUCCCGCCAUAAUCAACUUAAUUUGGCCAAAUACAAUUUUACACAGAGUACAAUGAAUGCAGAAUGUGUCCUCUGCAUUUUCACCUCCUAAUAAGGAACAGCCAUUGCGCAGCGCCCGGGGAGCAUCCGUGUGGUUCCCGAGCUAACUCCCUAAAGAC